AUGCCAACCACCACCGUCGUCUUGGCACGAAACACACAUGGCUUUGACUUUGAUGACUCCAAGAAAGCUGAAUUGGAACUACUACUCAAGACGAAACUUCAGGGCGUACCAAAUCACCAUCUCCCUAGCCUCAUCCUCAGCGACAUACUUGAUCAAACGCCACGAGCGCUAAACAUUGCAAAUAUACCUCCAGGCAUCCAGCUCCAAUUCUUCCUACAGAACCGCGCCACGAUCGAUAACUACGCCGGAAAGGCGAUCAAAGACGACGACAAACAGAGUUUUGAUAUAACACGGGCGAUCUGGUUCUAUAGACUCGACGAAGCACAUCAAUUCCAACGCUUUCACGACGUUGUGCGAUGGAACACCGCGAUUUACGUCGCGCUGUUAGCUCAACAUUCGAAAAACUCGGGCCCUUGGGACUUGUUCACAGUUUUUGGCGGUGCGCAGAAGAAGUUGAUGAAGAAUGCUAUGAAGGUUUUGAGUAAGGAUUGGGAGGCUGAGUUGGCUAUUGCAAAGAAACAGAUGGGCAAGGAGCGAUAUGAUAGGGAGGUAGGAAAGUUUGUUGGGGGGUUGAUACCUGGGAGAAAAGACCAAGGUGUGGGUGCGUGGGAGAGGAGGGGUGAGGAGAAGGCCAGGGACGGAGACAUCGAUAUGGAAAAUGCAGCGCCCAAAGAUCAGGGCGAAGGCAAAGAGUCGCAUGGAAACGGGCUACUAGAGGCACUUCUCUCUCCGUAUGUUUCACAUACCAAGCAUACCAAGAAACAAGCCGAAGCGGAAACUAGGAGUGGCAUGACUGCGGUUCAAGGUACGCCGGUCAUUGAUAUGAGGUAUGCGAUCACGAUGGUGCAGAGGAUGAAGCCUGAAGACAUGUUGCCUGUUCUUAUCCGUUUGUUUCCUGAGUAG